AUGGCCGAAGAGCAUGCGCGAUGGAAGCAGUAUGAAUACUCCGCGAACUCGAAUUUGGUGUUGACCGCAGAGCGUCGUUCUCGUGAUCAUGAACCCUCGGGUGAAGCUGAAUCUCUUGCGAACCGCAAGCUCCAUCGCAUGGGCGAUCGAGUCCAUCGUUCAAAGCCACAGGCACUGGUUGAGAAGCGGGACAAAAUUGAGAAAAAACGCAAGGAACGCUCCGAGAAGGACUUGGCUCGCAAGAAAGCCAAAGCAGGAGGCACAGUGCUUGCAGCAGUUUCUGAGCCAGGCUCGUACAGGCCGAAAACGGAAACUACUCGUCUUGCAUACGAGCAAAUGCUUCACUUCCUUUCUAGCUUCCUUGGAGAACAACCAGCUGACAUUCUUCGAGGUGCAGCUGAUGAGGUUCUUGCUGUUUUGAAGGACGACAGUUUGCAGGGUCCAAACAAGAAGAAGGCCUGUGAAUCACUGUUGAACUCCAUGACGGAUGAACGUUUCUCUGAAUUAUUCCAGAUUGGAAGCAGAAUUACUGAUUUCUACCUGGAUGACGAAGAGGAGAAUCAGAAAGAUGAUUAUAUCGACCCACUUUCUCUUGACGCUUAUUGGCUGCAAAGGCAAAUGAAAGAGAAAUGCGGUAUUGAUGACGAUAACGAUGCAGUUAAAAUGGCAAAGGAAGUACUCAGUAUCAUGCAGGAGGCUGAUGAGAGAGAGAUCGAGAAUCGUUUGGUGAUUUUGUUGGAUUAUGACAAAUUCGAUUUCAUCAAGAUGCUUUUGGCCAAUCGACACACCGUUGUUUUUUGCACACUUCUGGGUCAAGCUCAGGACGAGGCUGAAAAGGAGGCCAUAAGAGAGAAGAUGCAAGCAUCGGCUGAGGGCAAGGCACUGCUGCAUGCAUUGAAUUUUGCGCACAAGACAGAGGGAGAGAGAAAGCGAGAGAUGGAGAUGAGGCUCCGUAAGGAGAUUCGUGGACUCCGUGAACGUGAAGCAGACCAAAAUGGCGAAAUGGUAACCGAGAGAAUCAUGUCUGAGGGCGACAGCAUGUUGCAGAGUCGCAAUAUCCUGGAUCUUGAGUCUCUUGCGUUUACCCAGGGUGGUCACCUCAUGGCGAACAAGAGAUGUGAACUUCCUCCUGGCUCGCAGAGAAUUUCUCACAAGGGAUAUGAAGAAGUACUUGUUCCUGCUGUGAGAAACAUGGAUGAAGAUGCUGUGCUCAAGAAAAUUGCUGAAUUGCCUGCUUGGGCACAACCUGCUUUUGCAGGAGUUGAUUCUCUCAACAGGAUCCAAUCCAAAGUCUGCGAAACUGCUUUAUAUUCGCCUGAGAAUAUGUUGGUUUGUGCUCCGACUGGUGCAGGAAAGACGAAUGUUGCCCUUUUAACUAUGCUGCAUGAGAUUGGUUUGCAUCUGAACACAGAUGGCACCUUUAAAUUGGAUGAAUUCAAGAUUGUGUAUCUUGCUCCAAUGAAGGCCUUGGUUGCAGAAAUCGUACUGAAUUUCCAAAAUCGUUUGGAGGCAUUUGGUAUUAAGGUCAAGGAAUUCACUGGUGAUGUUCAUUUGAAUAAGCAGCAACUUGCAGAGGCGAAUAUCAUUGUCAUGACACCAGAAAAGUUCGAUGUGAUCACCCGAAAGGGAGAUGCUAGGCCGUUCACUCGUUUGGUGCGAUUGAUUGUUAUCGAUGAAAUUCAUCUCCUCCAUGACAGUCGUGGUCCUGUGAUUGAAACACUUGUUACUAGAACUAUUCGACAGAUCGAGGCCACACAGGAACUUGUUCGUAUCGUUGGCCUUUCUGCAACUUUGCCGAAUUACCACGAUGUUGCUGCUAUGCUUCGUGUAAACACUGAAAAAGGCCUCUUCUAUUUUGAUAACAGUUUCCGUCCUGUUCCGUUGGAGCAAAUGUACAUCGGAAUUACUGAGAAGAAAGCUUUGAAACGAUUCCAGCUCAUGAAUGAAAUUACGUACGAGAAAGUUGUGGAACAGGCUGGCAAGAAUCAAGUUCUCGUCUUUGUUCAUUCGCGCAAAGAAACAGCCAAGACUGCACGAGCCAUUCGAAGCAUGGCGGAGGAGAACGAUACUUUGGGUAGGUUCAUGGUAGAGGACAGUGCUUCUCAAGAAAUUUGCAGAGAAAUGGCAGAAACUGCCAAGAGCGCUGAUCUUAAGGAGUUGCUACCCUUUGGAUUCGGAAUUCAUCAUGCGGGUCUUGCUCGCUCAGACCGUGAGCUUGUGGAAAGUCUAUUCGCGGAUGGUCAUCUGCAAAUUUUGGUAUCCACCGCUACGCUGGCAUGGGGUGUCAAUUUACCUGCGCACACUGUGAUCAUCAAAGGAACUCAAAUUUACAACCCAGAAGCAGGCAGAUGGGUUGAGUUGAGUGCUCUCGAUGUAAUGCAGAUGAUGGGUCGUGCAGGUCGUCCUCAGUAUGAUACCAGCGGAACAGGUAUCAUCAUUACGACAUACAACGAAUUGCAGUACUACCUCUCUCUGCUAAAUCAGCAACUUCCGAUCGAGAGUCAGAUGAUCACACCGUUGCCAGACAUUCUGAAUUCAGAGAUUGUCCUCGGAAGUAUCCAGAAUGUUCGUGAUGCAGUCAACUGGUUGGGCUACACAUAUUUGUACAUUCGUAUGCUGAAAAAUCCAUCGCUGUACGGAAUAACGGCAGAGGAGCUGGCUGAAGAUCCGAUCCUUGAACAGCGGCGAGUUGAUCUUAUUCAUACUGCUGCUUCAGCUUUGUUCAAGGCCAAUCUUAUCAAGUAUGAUCGAAAGUCUGGAAAUUUGCAGUGCACCGACCUCGGACGCGUCGCGUCGUAUUUUUAUGUCUCAUACAAUUCCAUUGCGACAUUCAACGAUCACUUGAAGCCGACUGUUAGUGACAUUGAAAUCUUGCGAAUUUUCUCACUGGCUGGAGAAUUCAAGAACAUGGUUGUCAGAGAAGAAGAGAAAAUUGAGUUGCUCAAACUUGCUGAUCGCGUGCCUAUUCCAAUUAAGGAAAGCGUGGAGGAGCCAACAGCAAAAGUGAAUGUUCUUCUUCAAUCUUACAUUUCUCAGCUCAAGCUGGAUGGAUUUGCUCUGCUGGCUGACAUGGUGUACAUUACGCAAAGUGCAGGUCGAUUGUUUAGGGCACUCUACGAAAUUGUGGUUCGACGCGGUUGGGCUUCUCUGGCAUUGAAAUGUCUGAACCUCUGCAAGAUGAUUGAUCACCGCAUGUGGGGCAGUAUGAUCCCGCUUCGUCAGUUCAAAGCCAUCCCUGAGGAAGUUCUCAAGAAGCUUGAGAAGAAGGAUGUCAUUCAAUGGGAGAGAUUUUUGGACAUGUCACCGCAGGAGAUUGGAGAGUUGAUUCGAUUCCCAAAGAUGGGCAAAACAAUCCAUAAGUUGAUCCAUCAGUUCCCCAAGCUUGAUCUCAGCGCACAUGUGCAACCCAUCACCAGGAAUGUAAUGAAGGUGGAAUUGAUUAUCACCCCUGACUUUCAGUGGGAUGAUAAAGUACAUGGGUCUGCAGAACUCUUUCAUGUCUUCGUUGAAGAUGUUGAUCAAGAAACGAUCCUGCACACCGAACUGUUCAUCUUGAAGGGGCGCUACAUCGAUGAAGAGCACAUCAUUUCGCUCACUGUCCCUAUGAUGGAACCAGUUCCACCACAGUACUUUGUUCGUGUUGUUUCAGAUCGAUGGUUGGCUGCUGAAACAGUGCUUCCAAUUUCCUUCAGACAUCUGAUUUUGCCAGAGAAAUUUCCUCCUCGAACUGAGCUGCUGGAUUUGCAGCCCCUGCCAGUAAGCGCCCUUCGCAAUCCAGUCUACGAAGCCAUAUAUUCGAAGAAAUUCAAAACCUUCAAUGCUAUUCAGACUCAAGUGCACAAUACUCUCUAUAACACAAAUGACAACACUCUGAUUGCCGCCCCGACUGGAAGUGGAAAAACUAUUUGUGCAGAAUUUGCUUUGCUUAGGGCACUUUCGGAGAAGCCUGAUGGGAAGAUUGUAUAUGUCGCCCCGUUGGACGCCAUUGUCCUUCAACGAUACAAGGAGUGGUCAGAGAAGUUUUCUCAUCUUGAAGCUGUAAUGGGCAUUGGAAUGUUGACAGGUGAGUCAACGACCGAUCUGAAGGUUUUGGACAAGUGUACCAUUGUGCUCAGUGCUCCUGAACCAUGGGAUAUGCUUUCAAGAAGGUGGAAGCAGAGGAAAAAUGUGCAGAAUGUAUCCCUGUUUAUCGUGGAUGAAAUUCACUUGAUCGGCGGUGACAAAGGACCGGUUUUGGAAGUUAUUACUUCAAGAAUGAGGUACAUUGGUUCACAGACGGAGCAGAAAACUCGUAUUGUGGCUCUUUCUGCAUCUGUUGCGAAUGCCAAGGAUCUUGGAGAGUGGAUUGGAGCCUCGUCACACUCGUUGUACAGCUUUCAUCCGAAUGUCCGUCCGAUUCCGCUUGAGAUUCACAUCCAGGGCUUUGAUAUCCCACAUUAUGCGUCGCGCAUUCUGGCGAUGAGCAAGCCGAUGUACAACGCCAUCUGCUCGCAUUCGCCUGGCAAGCCUGCAAUGGUGGUGGUAGCAGACAGGAAGCAGGCUCGGAUUACUGCCCUCGAUAUUAUUGCGUAUGCCGGUGUCGAUGAGGAUACGCAUCGCUUUUUGAAUUGUUCUCCGGAGGAUUUGGAACCAUUCCUCUCGAAAGUGAAAGAUAAAACUCUCAAGGAGACUCUGCCGUACGGGGUUGGGUUGAUCCAUGAUGGUCUGAGCGAUGCGGACUUGGGGCUCGUAGAGACUCUGAUUUCGUCCGGAGCGUUGCUGGUCGUAGUGGUUGCACGAGAAAAGUGCUGGGGCCUUGCAAUCAAUGUGCAUCUUGUGGUUAUCAUGGGCACUGAAAGCUUUGAUGGAAGGGAACAUCGAUACUUGAAUUACCCGAUCACCGAUGUUCUUCAAAUCAUGGGCUGUGCUGGUCGUCAUGGGCAAGAUCCAGUUGGCAAAGCUGUCAUUCUAUGCCAUACCCCAAAGAAGGAAUAUUACAAGAAGUUCCUUUAUGAACCGGUUCCUGUCGAAAGUCACCUUGAUCACUUCCUUCAUGACCACAUCAGCGCCGAGGUGGUGACGAAGGUUAUCGAGAACAAGCAAGAAGCGGUCGAUUACUUGACAUGGACAUUUUACUAUCGACGGCUUACUCUCAAUCCAAACUACUAUAACAUGACUGGAACGACGCAUCGCCAUAUCUCAGAUCAUUUGUCCGAGCUUGUUGAGAACAUUAUCACGGAUUUGGAGCAGAGCAAGUGCUUGACGGUGGAAGAUGAUGGAAACGAUGUUUCGUCCUUGAACCUUGGAAUGAUCGCUGCGUACUACUACAUCCGCUAUACAACCAUUGAGCUUUUCAAUUCGUCGCUCAAUGAAAAAACGAAAAUCAAGGGAAUUCUGGAGAUCUUGACAGCGGCUUCCGAGUUUGACAACUUGCCGAUACGUCAUGGAGAAGAAAGGGCCCUGAAGCAACUGGCAGCUCAUGUUCCCCUGAGUGUCGAGAAGAUGAAGUUCACGGAUCCGCACACGAAGGCAUUCCUGCUGCUCCAGGCCCAUCUCUCCCGUAUGCCACUGGCUGGCGAUCUUGCUAUGGAUCAGAAGCAAGUUCUCAGGGACGUGCUCAGACUUGUGCAGGCCAUGGUGGACGUGAUGAGCUCGAGUGGUUGGUUGAAGCCCGCCCUUGCCGCCAUGGAGGUGUCGCAGAUGGUCGUGCAGGCACUGUGGGACUCAUCCUCAAAUCUCAUGCAGCUUCCGAACUUCACGAACGAUCUUGCCAAAAAGUGCACGGAUGCUGGAAUUGAGAAUGUCUUCGAUCUCAUGGAUAUGGAGGACGACGAUCGUAUCAAACUGCUUGAGAUGCCUCAGAGCAAGUUGGGUCAGAUUGCCGCUGUUUGCAACCGCUUCCCCAACAUCAACCUAGAAUACGAAGUCGUCGAUGCUGACAGCAUCAGCGCGGGUGAACAGGUUGUGGUCACGAUUCGCCUGGAGAGGGAUCAAGAUUCCGAGGUCGGCAAGGUUCAUGCGCCUUACUAUCCCAAGGAGAAAGACGAAGCUUGGUGGGUCCUCGUUGGCGACCCUUCUGCAAGCUUCUUGCAUGCCAUCAAGCGCAUCCCUCCGUUCCAGCGCAAGGCAAAUGUGAAGCUCGACUUCACGGCCCCCGAGACUCCAGGGACAAGCAAGCUGACUCUCUUCCUCAUGUGCGACGCAUGGUCAGGAUGCGAUCAGGAGUACGAGUUCGAUAUGGACGUGAAAGAGGCCAUGGAGGAAGACUGAAGGAGGGAGUUGUCGCCCUGCUAGAAGCAAACUGCUGGCUGAUGUCAAUAAAUUCUUGAAACUUUUU